AUGUUUAUUGGAGAAGUAAACUCUUUCAUAGUGGCGAUGGUGAAGAGUCAAAGUUCAUAUAAUUUCAAAAUGGUAAGAAGACCCGAGAAAAUUUACGACCGUUCCAUUUAUUAUGAUUUGAUUAUACAAUCGCUUGGUGAUUUGAUACCUCGAGUUUUGAAAAUAGCUGGACAAGGGUCAGCAGAAAAGGUCACAGGAAAAGGGUUUUAA